CCGCGCCCCGGCCGAGCCGCCUGCCCCGCGCCAUGCGCUGCCCGCGCCGCCACGCACACGCCACGCGCGACGCUCCACCCGCUCCCGACCACUAACGGACAAUGUAUAAACGCGAUCACAGGUGAGCACUCUCGAGUGAAACUUUCAAUGUGAAAUCGAUUGAACUUUGGCCGUGCGAGAUCGAUAUUUUGCUGGUGGCAGUAACAAUCGAGAAUGGCGUCAUCGGUCUGCAAAUAGUGUGGGGCCGCGUGGCGAUGGGCCGGGCGUGGUGGUAGCCGGCGCGUCGGCAUGGAGGAGGACGAGCGGCGGCUUUCGUUCCCGCCGCCGGCGCCGCUCAACUCGCCCGGUGAAGAGAUCGACGGCUCUAGAUUGCUCGGAGAGAUCGUUCGGACGCUCGAGGCGACUAAUCCGGAGGCGGCGGCGCCUCUGGUCGCCUCGCAGUCGCGGGAUGCGCUCGACGUGGAGUGCGAGAGACCUCGGCGGGAGGAGUUGCGGAUUCCGCUGGAUGGCGUCACGUUCGCGAGGGAGACGAGGGAGGGGGGCGGUGGGGGGAAAGAGGAGCCCCGCGCGGCCGUCACGCCGUUCACGCGCGAGUCGGCGCGUCGAGCGGGCUCGCGCGGGGCCCAGCUGGUGCGCGAGUUCGGAUUCAUGCCUCGCCGCCGCCUCAGCGUUGAGGACGGCGCGCGGCUGCCCAGGAAGUACGAGCCCUUCCCCCCAAAGCUGUACGGACGCCCGCUCGAGGAGAUCGACAAUUUUAUUUACGAUGAGACAUUCUGCGUGGUAUCCAAGAGGUUUCGGAAGAACUACAUCCACCGGUUCACGGCCACCAGAUCCUUGUUCUGGUGGUCGCCGUGGUCGUCUGUGCGGCGCGCAUGCGUGUACUUGUCAACGAACCAGUACUUCGAUUACUUCGUCAUGGCUACCAUACUGCUCAACUGUGUCUUCCUGGCCAUGUCGGAGACUAUUGAAGAGGCUGAAUAUAUAUUCCUGGCGAUCUACACGGCGGAGAUGAUUAUCAAGUGCAUAGCGAAGGGGUUCAUCCUGAACAAGUACACGUACCUUCGGAACCCCUGGAACUGGCUGGACUUCGUGGUGAUCACGUCGGGGUACGCCACCAUCGGCAUGGAGGUCGGCAACUUGGCUGGUUUGAGGACUUUCCGAGUGCUGAGGGCGCUGAAGACCGUUUCUAUAAUGCCUGGCCUCAAGACCAUCAUCAACGCACUGCUGCACUCCUUUAAACAGCUGGCGGAGGUUAUGACCCUGACUAUCUUCUGCCUGAUGGUGUUCGCCCUGUUCGCCCUGCAGGUGUACAUGGGCGAGCUAAGGAACAAGUGCGUGAAAAACUUCGUGGGCGUACCCGGGGAAAACUUUACUGAUGAAAUCUGGUUGCAAUGGAUCAGAGACACUUCCCACUGGAUGGUCAACGACGAGGAGAUCCCUAUAAUCUGCGGGAACCUCACCGGGGCGAGGCACUGUCCACCCCAGUACACGUGCCUCUGCGUGGGCCCCAACCCGAACCACGGGUACACCAACUUCGACAACUUCCUCUGGUCAAUGCUCACCACAUUCCAACUAAUUACCUUGGAUUAUUGGGAGAAUGUAUAUAAUAUGGUGCUGUCAUCAUGCGGUCCCAUGUCAGUAUCCUUCUUCACCGUGGUCGUAUUUUUCGGCUCGUUCUACCUCAUCAACCUGAUGCUGGCUGUAGUGGCGCUGAGCUAUGAAGAGGAGUCGCAGAUCACACAGGAGGAAAGGAAGAAGGACCUGAACGAGCACAGAGACGAUUCCACCUUCAGUUUCGACCCCACGUCCUUAGCGGUGCGAACCUUAGCCAAGGACUCCAAGAAGCGGAUUGACGCCAGAAAAGGCUUGCUCUUGGCGUCAUACUCCAGAAAAAGGACAAGACGACGCAAGAGAGGAAAGAGUGCUAUUCACCACGCGGCGGCGGUGGCGGCCGUGGCUGAGAGGUCGAGAUCGCGUUCCCGGUCGCGGUCGGUGACACCGAGUGCGUCGCCCCCCCUCCCGCUGCCACCGCAGCCCCCUCCGCCGCCCCACACCCUGCAUCCAGACAAUGCCUUAGGUCGCGGUGCUCUGAGCGCUGCCGGUCGUCAACUGAGCGAUCACAGCAACAACCGAGAGUCGUCUCUGGACGAUUCCGGAGUGGUGGAUGACCACGACGACGGUGAGCACACGUCUGACGACCAAGCUCCGCACCCGCACCAUCCCAGAAGACAUCACGUGCCGCUGUUGGGACACCAGCAGCCGACGCCAAUGCCAACGCCGAUGCCUCAGAUUCAGCAGCUACAAGAAAGUCAAACUCUGACAAUAAAGCCAAAAAGUGUAACGAAACAAGAAAAGCAGGAAAAGCCACAAGAUAAACCGAAGAAAUCUCAGAAGAGCAGCAUCCAGGAGAAGUAUCCACUGAACCCAGACUACCUCAAUCAGAUCGUGGUCCUAGGGGCGGACUGGCCAUACAAGCGCGCGCCCGACCUCCCGCAAGCGGAGACGACGAAAAUUAAUGAGCUCAGUUUAUUGGCAGCCACGCACAAAACUCAUAUGGGCAAUUUCGAGCAAAAUUGCACUUACUUCACAGAUGAACUUGUGGACAGGAACUGCGAAUGCUGCGUUACUUGCUGCAUUGAUUAUGAGGGCUGGCUCCAGUUUCAAAACUGCUUGUAUGGGAUCGUUAAAGACCCACUGUUCGAGUUGUUUAUAACAACUUGUAUCGUUCUCAAUACACUCUUCCUGGCAUUAGAGCAUCAUGGAAUGAGCGAGAACGUUAGACAGGCCUUAGAUAUAGGAAAUAAGGUGUUCACGUCAAUAUUUACUUUAGAAUGUAUGAUGAAGGUGAUGGCGAUGAGUAAAGACUUUUUCGCCUGUGGUUGGAAUAUAUUCGAUUUGAUUAUAGUAUCGGCCAGCCUUUUAGAUCUUAUAUUUGAGCUCGUUGAUGGCCUAUCCGUAUUACGAGGCCUUCGUUUGUUGCGAGUGUUAAAAUUAGCUCAGUCAUGGACUACAAUGAAAGUGUUAUUGAGUAUUAUAAUAUCGACAAUCGGUGCUCUUGGUAAUUUGACGUUCGUGUUAGUGAUAGUUAUAUACAUAUUUGCUGUUAUCGGCAUGCAACUGUUCUCCAAGUCGUAUACGCCGGAUAAGUUCGAGCCAGACCCAGUGCCAAGAUGGAACUUCAACGACUUCUUCCACUCGUUCAUGAUGAUCUUCCGGAUAUUGUGUGGCGAGUGGAUCGAGCCGCUGUGGGACUGCAUGCGGGCCGAGCAAGCCAGCGGCGCGGAGAGCUGCUUCUUCAUAUUCCUACCCGCGUUGGUGAUGGGAAACUUCAUGGUGCUCAACCUCUUCCUCGCCUUGCUGCUCAACAGCUUCAAUAGUGAGGAACUUAAGAAUAAGAAAGAGGAAGUAGGGGAGGAUUCAAAAUUAGCUAAAAGUUUCGAUAGAAUACGUUCUAUAGUAAGAAAAAAGGGUUUCCUUAUAUCGAGAAGUAAUGAGACUGAAAAAAAAUCUAAGUUAGAAGAGCUAGUUAACGAAUUUAUGGCGCAACAGCGCGCCGUGAAGGAGCAGAAGUUAUCUAUACCCAGCGAGCAGAGAUUCUCAGCGUCGAUACAGGAAACCAUACUGUUCCCACAUGACAAUAUUUAUAGCCAUAGUUAUCAAGAAGCCUUAAAUAGGCCAAUAUCCGUAGGAUCGGAUUUCGCAUACCCGCAACUUUACCAUGGUAACUUUAACCACGGAAGUCAGGAAACUUUGAAAGAUGUCCGUGACUUGGCAGCCGAGCACAAAAUAACUAGUAUAAGAGAAGAUUCCAAGGAAAAUCUAGAGGACAUGUCGCCGUGUGAACAAGUAGUGGCCCAGAAAUUGUUGAAUCAGAUGUCUUCGGGAUAUCACACGCAGCCAUCUGAUUCGAGAGAUGACAAUGAACACUACGAAAUGGCGCAGCUGUCCAGCAGAACAACCCCAGAGAGAAGACAGUACGGGAAGGACACACCAAAUAUCAUAAGUAAGGAAGCCGCCAAACGCCCCGAUGAAGACCAAAUGAGGCAUCCGUGGCAAACUUUAGUCUCAUAUGUAGAUGAAUUAACCGUAGGUGGGAGAAAAAACUCCAAGGGCCAAUACGUUGACGCGAUGGGAAACUUCCCGGGAUUUGGGAAAGCCAAAGAGCCAAAGGUUCCGCAGGACUGCUACCCCCGCCAGUGUUACGAUGCAUGUCCAUGCUGGGACUCAUGUAUCGAAACAAAGAUGGGUCAGCGAUGGAUGCUGCUCCGUACUUUCAUCCUCCGUUAUGUUGACACGCCUGCCUUCGAGUGGUUCGUGCUAGUGCUAAUAUUCGCAUCCAGUAUAACCCUAUGUUUUGAAGAUAUCCAUCUUGAGAAAAACAAACCAUUGAAGAAAAUAUUGUACUGGACCAACCUUGGUUUCUGCAUGAUCUUUGUUGUGGAAAUGUUUCUCAAAUGGAUUGCCUUGGGGUUUUUCAGAUAUUUCACGAGUUUUUGGACUUUGUUAGACUUUACUAUAGUUUUCGUUUCAGUAUUUAGUUUAUUAAUAGAGGAGAAUGAAAAUUUAAAGGUAUUAAGGUCUCUAAGGACAUUGCGCGCUUUAAGGCCACUGAGGGCAAUAUCUCGAUGGCAGGGGAUGCGCAUCGUGGUAAACGCCUUGAUGUAUGCAAUACCGAGCAUCUUCAAUGUGUUAUUAGUUUGUUUAGUUUUUUGGUUGAUUUUCUCCAUAAUGGGGGUGCAAUUUUUUGGCGGAAAGUUCUUCAAGUGCGUCGACAAUGAAGGAGAGCUGUUGCCUUUAGAGAUAGUAAAUGAUAAGUGGGAGUGUUAUUAUAAUAACUUUUCUUGGGUAAAUUCCAAAAUAUCUUUCGAUCAUGUGGGGAUAGCUUACCUAGCUUUAUUUCAAGUCGCGACCUUUGAGGGUUGGAUGGAGGUGAUGGCUGAUGCGGUGGACGCGAGGGGCGUCGACCUCCAGCCGGCGAGGGAAGCCAAUCUAUACGCUUAUAUUUACUUUGUGAUAUUCAUCGUGUGCGGGUCCUUCUUUACCCUCAAUCUAUUCAUAGGAGUUAUCAUCGACAAUUUUAACAUGCUCAAGAAAAAGUACGAGGGAGGCGUUUUGGAGAUGUUUCUAACCGAAAGUCAGAAGCACUACUACACAGCAAUGAAAAAACUGGGAAGAAAAAAGCCGCAGAAAGUAAUCAAGAGGCCCAGAAAUCAGUUUCUGGCGAUGUUCUACGAUCUAUCGAACUCUCGGCGGUUUGAGAUAGCCAUAUUUGUUCUAAUAUUCCUGAACAUGCUGACUAUGGGCAUCGAACAUUACGACCAGCCACAUUCGGUGUUCUUCAUAUUGGAAGUUAGCAAUGCCUUUUUCACAACAGUUUUUGGAUUAGAAGCAAUAGUGAAAAUCGUAGGGCUCCGCUACCACUACUUUACGGUGCCAUGGAACGUAUUUGACUUCCUCCUGGUCCUGGCUUCGAUCCUGGGGAUCCUGAUGGAGGACAUCAUGAUAGACCUGCCUAUUUCACCGACGCUGCUAAGAGUGGUUCGAGUAUUCCGCAUAGGGAGAAUUUUAAGACUGAUUAAAGCCGCUAAAGGCAUUAGGAAGCUGCUCUUCGCACUAGUAGUGUCUCUGCCAGCCCUGUUCAACAUCGGCGCCUUGCUGGCGUUGAUCACGUUCAUAUACGCCAUCAUAGGCAUGUCCGUCUUCGGUCACGUCAAGGAGCAAGGCGCUUUGGACGACAUUGUCAAUUUUCAAACCUUCGGAAGGAGUAUGCAGUUGCUUUUUCGCCUUAUGACAUCUGCUGGCUGGAACGAUGUCCUAGAAUCCCUUAUGAUUCAGCCACCUGAGUGCGAGUUAGGAGAAAUUGGGCACCUUAACGGGAACUGCGGAAGUCCAUUGCUAGCCAUCACUUACUUUACCUCCUUCAUCAUUAUUAGCUACAUGAUAGUCAUCAACAUGUACAUCGCUAUCAUACUCGAGAACUUUAACCAGGCGCACCAGGAGGAAGAAAUCGGAAUAGUUGAAGAUGAUUUGGAAAUGUUCUAUAUUCGUUGGUCUAAAUACGAUCCACACGCUACUCAAUUCAUAAGUUUCGCUCAACUGUCAGACUUUAUAGCGUCUCUAGAUCCACCGUUAGGUAUUUCUAAACCCAAUACAGUAGCCCUCGUUAGUUUUAAUCUUCCUAUAGCAAAAGGCAAUAAGAUACAUUGUUUAGAUAUCCUGCAUGCGUUAGUCAAACACGUGCUUGGACACGUAGAAGAGACAGAUACGUUCAGACAGUUGCAAGAACAGAUGGAUAUUAAAUUUAAGAAGCAGUUCCCGACGAGAAAGGAAUUAGAGAUAGUAUCUUCAACAAGGAUAUGGAAGCGGGAAGACAAAGCUGCCAGGAUGAUACAAAGGACUUGGAGAGAAUAUGUCAAACGGAAAAACAGGAGUCCUUCUAAUGAAGAAGAAAGCACAAAAUGGUCACCUGGCGGGGGCUGGGGUGGCCGUCUGAGCGCAUUGUUACACGUGAGGCGUGGAUCCCACGCAUCAAGUCGGAAAUCUUCACGAGCCUCUGAUGCCUCUGACCUGAGCGAGUUGGGCGGAGCCUGGCUCAACUUACCCCUACUACUACUACCAGGGGCAAACCCUGGUGAUCAGGUGGCGAGCGGUUCCGAACAAGCCCCGCCCCGUAGGCGAUCUGCGUAUGGUUUGCCAAUAUUCCUUCGCCAUCAAGACGCAGUCGACGAGGACGGCGGCCCAAAACGCGCAGGUUCCCUUCGUCUGAGUUCGCGACGGAAUUCGGCCCGGCGAGCUGGACCGGGCCCGCCGGGCUUGCCGCCGCGACCCCGCACUCCUUCGCCACAUGCCAAUAGCGAAGUGAGCAUCUUGGUAACAGAAGCCUCACCAGACGCUGCCCCAGCGCCCGCCGCCCCACCCACGGUCGUGCGAGUCCUCGUCCACCGAGAGAGCGACGAACAACCCAGCUGAUCGACACCCGACGAGCCUGAGGCUCCACCCAUUUAGUUAUUGAACGUUAGUGUCAAAAUCAACUCGUCAAAAGUUAUGUGUUCACGCACGCACGACAUUCGAGUGAUACACCGGACAGUUGAGUUCGAUUGUAAUUUUGUGAUUUUAAUCUUAAAUUAGGUAGUUACCCGCUCGAUAGAGAAGAUAAAUAGACGUCUUAGUUUUGGUUAAACUUGGCGCUUAUAUGAAAAGUUUUAUAGGUGCGUAAUUUUUAUGUUCCCAUAAGCUAGCUUUAGUUUCUCGCAUAAUGUAGACGGAUUUUCGCUAUGAAUUUGUUUUCUAGGUAAACUAAAACUAAAUUAUGUCUAUUUAUCUAAAAUUAUAACAUAUUAUUAUGCGACAACAGGACACCAGGAACUUCCAGAUAUAUUGCAAUAAAAUUUUAAUAUUGAUUCAUCAUGAUAAGAUAGAUUCGAUCAAAAAUAAAAAUAAGCGAAUACUGUGUUUUUGAGAAUUAUUUGAAACGGACUAACUGACGUGUAUUUAAAAUUUAAAACAAUAUGUUAAAGAUGAAUGAAGAAUAAUUCGACUUAAGUCGCUUUACUUCUAAGUCAGUUUGUAUUAAGAAACGCUUGAAUUAAAAGAAAUAAGAUUAACGCUGCAUGAGAUUGGUCACAAUGAUUGUAAAUAGUAUUUAGCUAUAUGAGAACGACUGAUUCGUCAUCUUAGGUCGAAAAUAGAUAGAGAAUGAAACGAGAGAUGGUUGACGUGUAAAGGCUUUUAAAUGACAAAGCGACGACUAGUCGUUGAAAAAUAAUUUAAACCUAUUAAAGUGAAUAUAUGUAACUUCAAAAUGUUUUUAUUGGCUAAACACACAAUAUAGUAACGGAUAAGCAGUAAAUAUAAUAAUAUCCGUUCAGUCUCGCAGAUAUACUAUUUAAGUUAUCAAAAUAUUAUAUUAAAAGCGAUAGUCUUUCAUAUUUAAUUCUAUCUAUUCUAAAUUAUUUACAACAUAAGUUAAACAAAGUUGUUAAUAAACUUCAUUCGUUCAAAGCAGAACCAAAUCGAAACCCCUGAUUUGGAUACCGUAAAAAUGUCGUCUAUGUAGGUAAAAAACAUAUUCUUAUGUUUUGUAUUCAUUCGCUUUUGAAAACUAAUUUUCGUUUGAGCAAAAUAAUUUUAAUAAACCUAAAUAUUUCAAACUAAUUAGAUAAUAUUAACUUUUAGUUGGUGUUACAGUUAAGAUUGGAAAUUGCAAAAAUAAUUUACUUGAUAGAAACCAGCCUUAAAAGUAAUCGUAAGGUUUUAAGUAAAAAGUGUCAUUUUUAACGAUCGUUGUUUAAAAAUAAAUCUAAAUUACGUGUAUUUACCUAAAAUGGCAAAAUGCGUUUCCGAUAAUAACCAAGAUUAUGAAAAAGAAUUUAUAGAAAGUCAAUUUUCGCUUUAAUAGAUAAAUUCGUUUGUACAAUUAGCAUUUAGAAUUAGGCGUUAAUUUUUUAUAUGCAUAGGUGCCAUUGUGAACAAACCUGCUGAGCAGUGCGCCGCAGUCUUAAAGAAAUAAGAAAAACGUUGUUGCUUUACCAUAAAAUUUUAAUUGGUGUAAAGAUUCAGAACGGUUAAAUAAUCCCAUUGUUAAAAUGUGCGUAAAAUGACUCCCAAUUUCGUGGAGCAGUAUGGGUGUAUGUUUACAAUAAUAGAAUAAUACAAGAAAUUGUGAAUAUAUAAUAUGCCCCUAAACAAACAUACGUUGGGAGGUUAAUUACAUGUUAAGGUGAUCGGACGCUUUUUUAAACCGAUUAUCUACGAGUUUCUGGUAAAACUGGUCAAGAUGACAGCAGUAAAUUCAAUACUCAAUAGUAAAGUUCUCGAUUUCUAGUCGCCGUAUUAAAUUGUUUACGAGUUUGCGGCUGUUUAGGCUAUUUAUAUUUGCAUGAGCCAAAAGAAGUAUUUUUUCUAGAUGUUAUUAGAAAAAUGCCUUCUACUUAGAUUUAGCUAUUCAUAUUCCAUACGCUUUUAAUGCAAACAAAUAAUUGCUUUACCGUACUGAUUCGCACAAAUAUUAUUUAUUAGAAUAAUUUCUAUUAUUCGUUAUAAUUGUAAAAGACAAUAUAAUUCGAUUAUAAGCUGUUAAUUCAAUAUAUUAUUUAAGAAAUGGCUUAUUGGCCCUAUGUUUUUAUCAUCACGGUUUGAAGAUUUUGUUGUUAAUAUUAUUCUUUUUAUUGUUUUAAUAUACAAAUAUUUCGCCCGUCCACAUAAUUUUUCUUUGGUUUGUAGAUUUAACACUGUAGCUACCCUUAUCAAUAAACCAAAAUAUAUAUUUGCACAUAGUGCUUGUAAAGUUACCUUAUUAUUUUAAAUAUUUAUAUAAUAUGUAAGUAGGUAUGUAUUUCUUUUAUAAACUAAAUUCAUUAAAUAUACGCGUUAAACAAAUUGUUGAUGUAAAGGGUUUCUUGAAAAAAUUAACUUCAUUCUUCUUAGCUUGUUUAAAUCUGUGAAAGUAUUUAAAGACUACUCAAAUCUCUUGGCAAUGGUGCCCAUGAUUCGCUAAAAACACGUUUUUAUCUUAGGAAAUAGAAGUUUUUUUAUUAUUUUAUACCUAGGACAAGUAAUAUACACGCAAUUCUUCUGUACAUUCUGUGAUUACGAAGAUAUGUUUUAAAAUUUAACAAAAAUAAUAAAACUCCAUUUUGUACAUGUUAUAAUUAUGUCUCUCCUGUUAUCUUAAUCUCGAUGGGACUCCACUUCUGCUAUACUGUAUCUUCAUUGUACACGUUACAAGUAGACCGUAAAUACAUUUUCUCCAUUUAGUAAGGACCAAAAAGUCGAUUAAUUUACAAUUUUAACUCGAUUACAAAUAUUCGAUCCUGACCAAGCCUCUUUUUUAAAUUAUUUGUAUGUAGAUAUUUUCGAAGCCUAUUUCAAAUUAUUCUAGAAUUUAGGCGCAGACAAUUAUUACGGUUUGUACCACUUCGCUUUAUAACAACUUUUACACUGUUUGCUUUGGAUUGAUCCCUUUGAUAUUUCAAUAAACAAACCACCCUCACUAGGAUUGAAAAGUUUAAAGAUUAAA